GAAUCAUUAAAUAGAACCGUAUAUACUCUAGAAGCUUUACAAACAACAUACAACUACAUGGAUCAAGGACAUUAUCGACCAGUCGCGUGCAUUCCUAGACAAAAAGUAGCCAUUAUUAUACCUUACAGAGAUAGGGAGAAAGGAUUGUUUACAUUACUAAAUAAUGUUUUACCUCGAAUUCACAGACAGAAUAUUGAAUUCGGAAUAUAUGUGGUAGAACAGAUUGCAGGUGAACUUUUCAACAAAGGUGUAUGUUUUAAUGUUGGCUUUAAAUAUGCUAUGACUCAAUAUAGAUAUGAUUGUGUCGUACUUCAUGACGUUGAUAUAAUAGCAGAAGAUGACAGGAAUUUCUUCACAUGUGGAUAUUAUCCUAAACAUCUGGCCGUGAAUGUGGAACAAUUCAAUUACACAAUGCCUUAUGCAGACUUUUUUGGAGGAAUAUCAAAUAUGCCAUCUAGUGUAUUCGCGCAAGUCAAUGGGUUUUCUAACCAGUAUGAAGGAUGGGGAUUGGAAGAUGAUGACUUUUAUCGACGAUUAACAGUUGUUCAUGGGCUGAAAAUUGAACGUCCACUGUCAAAAGUGUCGGCUUGUGCUACCGUUAAUCAUACAAAAUCGCAUCAAAAGGGCAGACCUCUUGAUAGAUGCAACAUUUAUAUCAAUCGACCACGUGGAUGGGCAUUUGACGGGUUAAGCACUUUACGGUAUAAAAUAGAAACGAUAGAGAACAAAAGAUUAUUCAGACGGAUUCUUAUACAUAUCAACACAACAGAACUGAGAAAGGUAAAUAAUAAUAAUCAAUAA